AUGUUACUUUACACAACAACGGAUUUGCAAGAAAAGGGAGACCAUGAAAAAAAUUAUAAAGAACAUUUAACUAUGGCUGAUCAGGCAUACAAAGAAAAAAGAGAAGAUAAAAAACGUAGUCUUCAGAAUGAAAAUGUAACAUUUUUUUCGUUUGAUUUAGAAAAAUGUUUGGCUACGCCAAGGCUGCAAAAUAAUAUGUUAUUUUACAAACGAUCAUUAUGGACGUAUAACUUGACCAUCUACAGUUGUACAAAAAAGCAAAAACACCCUAUUUGUUACAUUUGGGAUGAAUCUAUAGGUGGUAGAGGUGGUGAAGAAAUAGCAUCAUGUCUUAGAAAUUAUAUCCUUUCUUUACCACCAGAUAUUUCUGAAAUCAAUAUAUUCAGUGACUAUUGUAGUGGGCAAACAAGAACCAUUUAUGUUACCACCAUGUUAUCAGUUUUGGUAUACGAUUUUAAUAGAAACGGAAGGACGCUUGUCAUCAACCACAAAUUUCUAGAACCAGGACAUACGCACCAAGAGGCGGACACUAUACAUGGGGCUAUUGAAAAAGUUAAAAAACAUACUACUGCCAAAAUUGAGAUACCCAGAGAUUGGGCAAACCUCAUUAGAAUGGUUCCAAGAAAUCCCCCAAUACAGGUUAUAGAAAUGCAACAGACAGAUUUUUUUAAUUUUAAAAGAGUUUUGAUCCAUCAGUACGUUCAUCGUAAGAUUAUUACUGAACAAGAACCUGUUAAUUGGUUACAAAUAAAAUGGUUACAGUAUCGUACCGAUUCACUGUCAAAAGUUUAUUACAAAACUUUUUAUACCCCUACAGAGCUGUUAAGGUACUAG